CACCAGGUCUGGGACUCGAACCAGAGUCGACUACAUGGGAGUCCAGCGACAUAGCCAUUAGGCUAACUGCUCUUCCCAAGAGUCCGGGCAUAUUCUGAAAGUGGAGCUGACACAUUCCUUGGCAGACGGAAUAUGGAUGUGAGAGGAAAGGGGAGUUGCGAAUGGCACCACAGCCUUUGGCCUGAACAUGUGGAAAGACGGAAUUGCCUCCAACUGAGAUGGCUAAAAAAAAAAAAAAAAGGCAAGGAAGGAACAAGUUAGGUGGAAGGAUUCGAUCAGGAGCUCAGCCUGCCAUCUUGAAUCUCAAAUGCUUUAUUGGCCAUCCGAGAGGUGUCAUACAGGCAGCAUGGUAAACGAGUCUCUGAUGUAUUCCAUGAGGCGCUCAACUAAGACCAUGAGACUGAUGAGAUCCACAGGGGCAGGAGAGCGAGACCAAAGAUGGAGACUUCAGAAGUUGGGCCUGGAAAAGGACACCGAGAAGGAGCAAUUAAUGAACUUCCCGAGGGCAGCAUCGAGUGGGGCUGAAGAAGGCCGACUGACUGUUCAUACCUCGCACGGCACCUAGUGCACAGCAGGCACCAGGGUCCGCUUUGAAGAGCACAGUGACUUCACAUAGAGCUUGGAAGCUGCUUUUCCUCCCAUGCUGUAGAUCAGAUCGCGUGGCAGCCCUAGCAGGCCGCGACUCAUUUCAUACAGGAAGUAAAGCUCAGAAAGGGGUGUACCAGGCAAGAAGUGUGGGACCAUAUUGCUGACCGCAGAGGAGCUUAGCAAUUGUCGGGACAUUGCCACCAUGCAGCUAUGUGCGAACAAGCUGGACAAGAAGGACUUCUUUGGGAAAUCGGACCCCUUCCUUGUGUUCUACAGGAGCAAUGAGGACGGCACGUUCACCAUCUGCCACAAGACAGAGGUUGUGAAAAACACGCUGAAUCCUGUGUGGCAGCCCUUCAGCAUCCCUGUGCGGGCACUGUGCAACGGAGACUAUGACAGAACAGUGAAGAUCGAUGUGUACGACUGGGACCGGGAUGGAAGCCAUGAUUUCAUCGGCGAGUUCACCACCAGCUACCGGGAGCUGAGCAAGGCCCAGAACCAGUUCACGGUGUAUGAGGUUCUUAACCCUCGGAAGAAGUGUAAGAAGAAGAAAUAUGUCAACUCAGGAACUGUGACGCUGCUCUCCUUCUCCGUGGACUCCGAAUUCACUUUUGUGGAUUACAUCAAAGGAGGAACACAGCUGAACUUCACAGUAGCUAUCGACUUCACAGCUUCCAAUGGGAACCCCCUGCAGCCUACCUCCCUGCACUACAUGAGUCCCUACCAGCUCAGCGCCUAUGCCAUGGCCCUGAAGGCAGUGGGAGAGAUCAUCCAGGACUACGACAGUGACAAGCUCUUCCCAGCGUAUGGCUUCGGGGCCAAACUGCCCCCAGAGGGACGGAUCUCCCACCAGUUCCCCCUGAACAACAAUGAUGAGGACCCCAACUGUGCGGGCAUCGAGGGUGUGCUGGAGAGCUACUUCCAGAGCCUGCGCACCGUGCAGCUCUACGGACCUACCUACUUUGCUCCUGUCAUCAACCAGGUGGCCAGGGCUGCCGCCAAGAUCUCCGACGGCUCUCAGUACUACGUCCUGCUCAUCAUCACCGAUGGGGUCAUAUCCGACAUGACGCAGACCAAGGAGGCCAUCGUCAGCGCGUCCUCCCUGCCCAUGUCUAUCAUUAUUGUCGGAGUGGGACCAGCCAUGUUUGAGGCGAUGGAAGAGUUGGACGGUGACGAUGUGCGUGUGUCAUCUCGGGGACGCUACGCGGAGCGGGACAUCGUCCAGUUCGUGCCAUUCCGAGACUACGUGGACCGGUCGGGGAACCAGGUGCUGAGCAUGGCCCGCCUGGCCAAGGACGUGCUGGCUGAGAUCCCAGAACAGCUGCUGUCCUACAUGCGCACCAGGGACAUCCAGCCUCGGCCCCCACCCGCUGCCAAGUCCAGCCCGACCCCAGCUCCAGAGCAGCCCUGAGGAGUCCAUGUAGCCAACGCCCCGCAGUCUGCUCGCCUGCUCACCCGCUGCUGCUGCUGCUGCUGCUGAGAAAGCCAGAGGCACCUGGAGCCCCGGCCCUCACUGGGAGAGCCAGCUUGGAGGAUCGGUGCUGGCUGGUGCGCCCUCCACCCCUCACCCGCAGAAGGGCUGGCACCAUUGCCGCCUCCCCGCCUUCAUGCCAAUAAUAAAGCUGAUCUUUACUCCACCUGUUUCAUGGGUCU